GGUCCGAUCGUGAUCGCACCCCAGGGGCCCUCGUAUCCGCCUCCUCCUCCGCCCCUACAUCCACCCCCACCGCCUCCUCCACCCCAGCAGCCGUCUUCGAGCGUCCCGGAAGUGAUGGCCAUCAUGGCGAUGAUGCGCCAUUUCACAACCAUGGGUGGUGCCUACGACGAGGACGACGCGUCGAGCGAGGAAGAACGCAUGGAGGCGGCCAAGGAGAAAAAGAAGCAGAAGAAGAAGGAGAAGCGAAAGAGGAAGAAAGAACGCGCGAAGGAGCGGGCGCGACGCGAGAAAGUGCGCAAGGAGGCCGAGAAGCAGAGAGAGGAGCUCCUGAAGAAGCAAAAGGAAGAAGAGGCGAAAAAGAAGCAAAACCUAUCACUGCAGUCAAAGCGCAAUAUCAACCGACGCAAGACCAUAGCGAACGCCGGCUUCAACGAAGAUAUGACUUAG